AUUUAAUUUAGAGUGCGUACGAAGUGGCAAUAAAUAGUUGUUGGGUAGCUACUAACGGCCACCCGUUUGGUUUUGAGAUAACGAAAGCAAACGUCCGUCCGUGCAUCCCCCCACCUACAACUCUCCCCUCACUCCCCCGCAUUUACUCCCUUCCGCCGUUCUCAUAAACCGUUAAUUUUAACGGCACCGAAAAUUACUUCUCCUUUAUUAAUCUCCACCCUCUGUAGGUUUUGCCGCCGUGGCCGGAGAUAGAGAUGGGUUCCCGGCGAAGGAAGCUGCAGCUGACAAGGCCCGACCCGAUUCCGGCCGGCGAAAAGCAGUGCACUAAAUUCUGCGACCCGAGCAGGAACUACGACGGCCUCUGCCCAUUACUCUGUCUUCCUCUCUGUUUCUCCACUUGCAAGCAGACCUUACUCUUGCCUCGACGUCCGCCCCUCCUCCCGCUUCCACCGCCGCCGGACUUCGCCGCCUCCUCCGCCGUGCAUACCGCAAGCCACUUUCGGGGCCCCGUCUUUCUCUCCAUUCUCGCCGCCGUUGCCGCAAUUACUUUCUUCCUGGUGUACUACGCAAUUGUGAAGAGUAGCGCUGGUGGCGGCGGUUCAAGAACACCGCCAGCGGAGGAGGAGGAAGAAGAAGACGGCGGCGUAGAAAGGUUGGGCGAUACGGUGGUGGAGCAUCCGAUAUGGUAUAUCAGAACCGCCGGUCUUGGGUCAUCUAUAAUCAACCGGAUCACUGUUUGCAGGUACGAGAGAAGAGAAGGGCUGAAAGAGUGUUGCAGUGUGUGUUUGAGUGAAUUUGAAGGAGAAAUGGUGAGGAUUUUGCCCAAGUGCCACCACACCUUUCACGUGAAUUUCAAGGAGGAUGAGAUCUCUUUCGUGCAAUGGCGCGAUAUUCUCUUCUCGGUACAAUAGAUAUUGGAAGGCUUAGCUUAACAACUAGCUAGUACUUGUACUUUGUAGCCACGUAGCCAUUGGAUCUAGUUAGCUUAAUUGGCUUCUUCCUCAGUUAGCUCAAUGAUGAUGUUUAAUGGAGCAAGAACAUUGAAUCGAGAAAUGUUUGGAGGAUAGAUAUAAAGAUGUAACAAGUAU